CUCAGAAGUCAGAAACAUACCUAGUAACGCCUCUAUGCUCCUCCUUCGUCCUACAUUAUAUAUUUUGUCUCUCGUUCAUAAACAAUUGCUUCUAGCAAUAUUCGCACCCUUUCCUAACGGGCGGAAAUCACAGCUACAUAAUCAAGCGAUAUCUUGGCCGAGGGGAAAAUAUGUCUUCCACUCAACCAUUGCUGCCCUCCAAAGACGAUAAGAAACCUAAACUGCCAAGAUUAGGAAAGAGUACGCUUUCUCCAUCUCCCAUCUUAUAUGAAUAUAGCUUAUUUUUAAUGUGCGCAGAUCAAAGAAUUCAAAAGCGACCCCUUCUCCACCCCGCAAUUGCAUCACCCCGCUCCUCUUCGGAAAAAGUCAUCUAUGUCUCUCACAAUUCACAAUUCAUCGCCAUUGUAAAACGAGUUCGCAAAUACCUUGAUAGCGCAGAGUUUCGUGCCGGGCCUACAGUUUUGCCUGGUACGGACAGGGAACUCAUGAGAGAAAUCGAGGAAGGCAUCAAACACUCCAGAAUGGGAAAGAAGGCUAGGGGUGGUAAGAGUGAAGAGGUGGUGAUGAAAGGAGCGGGAAAAGCAAUUGAGAAAACAUUGAUGUUGGCGAAUUGGUGGCAGCAACAGGAAGGUGUGAGGGUGGCUAUCAGGACGAAGAGUGUAGCUGCCGUUGAUGAUAUUGUGGGAGUUGACAAUGCAGAUGAGGAUAUGGGAGAAGGUGAGAGUAGAGUCAGAAGGGUCAGUGUGUUAGAAGUGGCUGUUUCAUAUAUUUGAUUUACGUGCUAGGUUCAAUGCACAGAUCGUGGGCUGGGGAAAAAGUUUACAGAGGAGCUGUAAAUUGUUGGAUUAUAAUGAAUUGUUUGGGCUUGGAGUUCGAGUGUGGUGUUAUGGCAUAUUACAAGCGGGUGUUAUGAUACGACAUUGAAUUGGGUGGACAGGCGCUAGAUACCAAAACAAUUUGUACAUGAAAAGGGCCUGGAACAAAUCAACCAAAUUGACACUGCAGGGCCCGUCUUUUACAGCGACUUUUGAGAUGUGUCUUCUCAAACAGUAUAAGGCAAUUGCCACAGAUUAAAACUGCUGCAGCGAGACAGGAUUUCCGAUGUCUUUAACAAAGAUUACACUGGCGUUCAUAUGUUGUCACUUUCGACGCGGGGAGAAGGGGGAGAACAACGACGUUACUUUAUGCACAAUUGAUACGGCUAUCGGAGGAUGCUAAUCAAGGAAUUGUGCUCACUCCGGAGCAGGCAAGUAUUGAGAACAGUUAACGGGAUAUCAUGAAGCAAUCCUUUGUAACUGCCGUCACCAAUUCAAUCAACAAGUGCAAUACUCAAUCGCUUUGUGGACGACAUACUUCACAAUACUCGGUUCCUUCGCAGGAAAUGGCAGCAAUCGGAUAUAAUCUUUGAGCUCGACAGAUUCAUGUAAGAACGAUCCGGAGAAAAGAAGUUAAGCGGCUUAAGAUGCAGUUUUCUUAACAGCACAAGAGAACUGCUAUGCAUCAUUCAAAAGAUCAUUCAAUGCAGGACCUAAGAAAGCACCAAGGAGAUGUAAAUUUUCACAUAGAAUGUAAUAUAUCAUUGCCU